AUGUCCCGCCGUUGCGAGCUUCCAAAAAAUCAACUGAUUGCUGACUUGCGCCGUCUGGUCCCGGACCUCUUUGAUACCUCUGGAGACACCUCCCUCGAUCUGGGGAGCGAGCCUAUGCGUGGCAAAAUCUACUCCAGCUGGCGGCUUUGGAAGAGACACGCAGAAAAGACAUCUCCCAAUACCUUCCACAAAACACUCCUGCGAACCCUCGGGGAACAGCAGCAUCGGCAGUUGAAGGAAGCCACUUCCUCGGGAGAUGACCAACCCGUUCCACCAUUGCAGCACCAUGAAUUCACCGAGGCUUGUCGCCAGCUGAAAGAAUCGAUCGAGGGGGAACGCGUGUCCGCUUCAUUUGCCUGCGGUGGUACUAUUCCCAUCAGAAGCACUUCCAUGGCAGUAGAUGAGUCCUCCACACGUCGCACCUCGCUGCCGGUUCAUAUCUUCUGGACGAAGGAAAAGAACUCCAAUAACGCGCGGAGAUUGGUGCUCCCACUCAGCGACACUGACGAGUCAAACAAAAGCAUACUCCGACAGCUUGUCAUGGACUGCUCUCCUGCUAGCUUUGGAAGGGGAGACCAGGAUGUGCUGGACCCGAGCUAUCGAAAGGCCGGCAAGCUGGAUCUGGACAAUUCGCUAGCAGUUUCAACCCAGCCGACUUUGGCAUUCUGGAGAACAUCGAGCAGAUUCUCCUGCCAAACGUCAGCUUACUCCGGGCCUUCUGGCCAUUUCCGUAAACAUGUCGAUACACCUCGUUCCCCAAGCCAGAUCGGCUCGCUUGUCGUCUGCUUGCCGUCGCCGUUCAAAGGAGGCAAUCUGAUUGUCCGCCAUCACGGCCAGGAAGUCGACUUCGACUGGAGCCUGGCAAGUGCCUCGACCAUCCAGUGGGCGGCAUUCUACAGCGACUGCGAGCAUGAAAUCAAGACAAUCACCGAGGAGGACCGCAUCACUCUCACGUAUAAUCUGUACGUCACGGAGCCAGUGGGAAGUGCCAUCUCACGCAGCCCGAUCGUUGAGCCCCAAACCCUUCCGUUGUACGGAUAUAUCCGCGAUAUGACCAAACAGCGUUGGUUCAUGGAAGAUGGUGGCGUUCUCGGGAUUUUCUGUUCUCAUGCCUACGCCCAUAACUCGGACGUGGCGACCGAGAGUCUCCCAAGGGCGCUGAAAGGCUUCGAUCUGGUUCUCUACUCCAUAUUCAAGUCUCUUGGUUAUGAAGUGGAUAUCUUGCCAGUCAUAGAGCCUGGGGGCGAUUAUGACACCACCAAUCCACAGCUGGGACUCGAGGGAUCUGUUCUUGGGAAACGGAAAUGGGAUUAUAUCUCGACAGACCGCUACGAUGAAUCGCCGCCAUACCUGGAACAUGGACAGACAUUGGAGCAGGAUUACGAGAGAGUGUUAGAUGGCGACUUUAGAGAGUGCGACGAUGUAGAGAAGCGCUGGAAAACGCUGCUCUAUGCACGACACGUGAAGGGGAAGACGGACAUGGCUCAGACUGCUCAAGAGAAGGGGCUCACCGAAAUCGUCGACAGCUACAGCCGAAUGGCAAGGGUUGGUAAAUGGCUCAAGCCCUACUCUACCACGGACCGGGGGGAAGAUGAGGACAUCGACGAGGUGGCAAGACAAGUUUGGCCAUUUUCCUACCUUCCCGGUAUUACCUGGCUUACCGGACCGAAGCACGAGGAGAUGGCGUUCAGUCAGAUCGUUUAUGGGAAUGAAGCGGGAAUUGGAACGCGUUACUCCUGUGACGCCAUCUUUGUCAUUAUUCCGCCCUGGGAGAAGAGAGCGCAGCUGAGUUGGAAGGACAGAGCUGCCAGUCAAGGUUGA